AUUCCUUGUUAGACAAUUGACACGAUUCGAGGAGGUCCUUGAUAGCAGAGUUCCAUCGAGAGGAAAUUCAUCUCAACUCUUUGGCUGGAUUUUCUGUCCUUUCUCUACGAUUAUUAUUCAUCAUUGUUCUCCAUUUUCCCUGGUCAGUUCGUAAAUACCAAUAUAUAUUAAAUCAAAUUGCCAUUUCGCAAAGAUUUACUUGGGUUAGCGUGAUAUUUCAAUGGAGAACGUUAGCAAUGGCUCCACUCAAUUUAGUGUAAAGAAAGAAGAGCCAACUCUGGUUCCUCCUGCGGCAGAAACAGAGAAGGGUCUGUACUUCCUCUCAAACCUUGAGCAGAUUUCAUUUAUGGUACGUACUGUUUACUGCUACAAAUCGGAUGCUAAAGGCAACAAAGAUGCUGCGAAAGUCAUCAAGGAAGCCUUGUCAAAGGUUCUUGUCCAUUACUACCCACUCGCAGGACGGCUAAUAAAGAGCUCAGAAGGAAGGCUGAUGGUGGAUUGCACAGGUGAGGGUGCUAUUUUUGUUGAGGCCGAAGCAGACGGCACAAUAGAGGAGAUAGGAGACAUAUCAAAGCUUGAUCCGGUCACAAUUGGUAAGCUGGUUCAUGACAUUCCUGGCGUAACGAACGUACUUGACACAAAACUUACUCUGGUGGCUCAGGUGACUAAGUUCAAAUGCGGAGGUUUUGUUCUUGGUCUAUGUGUGAACCAUAGUAUAGUUGAUGGAAUUGCCGCCAUAGAUUUUAUGAAUUCAUGGAGUGAAACUGCAAGAGGUUUGCCCCUUGAAGUCCCUCCUUUUCUUGAUAGAAGCAUACUCAAAGCCCGAAACCCACCUAAGAUAGAGUUUCAGCACAACGAAUUUGUUGAUAUUGAAGAGGUAUCAGAGACCAACAAAGUUUACGAAGAAGAAAUGAUACAUAGUUCCUUCUGUUUUGACCCCGACAAGCUUGGACAGCUCAAGAAAAAGGCCAUGGAAAAUGGGGUUCUAGACAAGUGCACAUCAUUUGAAGCCCUCUCAGCUUUCGUCUGGAGAGCUCGAACUCAGGCAUUAAGGAUGCCGCCCAAUCAACAGACGAAGCUUCUCCUUGUUGUUGAUGGGCGGUCUAGGUUUGAGCCACCAAUACCAAAGGGAUACUUUGGCAAUGCAGUUGUGUUAACAAAUUCAAUAUGCAGUGCGUCCGAACUAGUGGAGAGUCCAUUGUCAUUUGCAGUUGGUCUGGUUCGCAAAGCAAUUAACAUGGUUACAAACAGUUAUAUGAGAUCAGCCAUAGAUUACGUGGAAAUAACAAGAGCUAGGCCUUCUCAUGCAGCAACCUUAGUGGUGACAUCUUGGUCUAGGCUAUCUUUACGCACGUCAGACUUUGGAUGGGGAGAGCCUGUGUUUUCUGGGCCAGGGGAUUUGCCUCGGAGGGAAACAGUUUUUUAUCUAGCGGAUGGGAAAGAUGGAAAAGGCAUCAAUGUGCUUUUGUGUUUGCCGGCUUCUGCCAUGAAAGUCUUCGAACAACUCAUGAUGGAGAUUUGAAGGUAGCUGGGCUAACCAUUUUCUUGGAUUAUCUAUUUCGGUCGGAGCCUUAAUUUGUUAUAUAUAGCUUUGUGCAAUUUAUUGUAAGAACUACUGUACUGUAGCUUUUUUUAAAAAAUAUUAUAUAUAUUUGAAGGGGACAUUGAUUAAGGUCACGUAGCUAGUAGUACUGUACUGUACUUGUAGUGGAAGAGAUCAUCAAAGUGAACCAAAGCCAUAAAUCUCAUGCAUAGAUGAUCAAUACCAGGACCUUUGCCUUCAUAUAUCUCGGUUUAAAUAACACAAAACUGAAGACUCAGUUGUUGUAGUUGUUGUAGUCAUAUUUAAUUAUGUAAUCAUGCCAAUGUGCAUUUAAGAGACUAUGGCCACAAUUUCCAAA